AUGAUUGACCCGGCUCUGAAAAAGGGGCACCAUAAACUGUACCGCUACGAUGGGCAGCAUUUCAGCCUGGCGAUGUCCAGCAACCGGCCGGUGGAAAUUGUCGAAGAUCCCCGGGUCGUCGGGAUCUGGACCAAAAACAAGGAGCUGGAACUCUCGGUGCCCAAAUUCAAGAUCGAUGAGUUCUACGUGGGCCCGGUGCCUCCAAAGCAGGUGACAUUUGCCAAGCUGAACGAUAACAUCCGUGAAAACUUCCUAAGGGACAUGUGCAAGAAGUAUGGGGAGGUGGAGGAGGUGGAGAUUUUGUACAACCCCAAGACCAAGAAGCACCUGGGCAUUGCCAAGGUGGUCUUCGCCACAGUCCGGGGUGCCAAGGAGGCUGUCCAGCACCUGCACAGCACAUCGGUAAUGGGCAACAUCAUCCACGUAGAGCUGGACACCAAGGGGGAAACCCGCAUGCGUUUCUAUGAACUGCUGGUCACGGGCCGAUACACCCCCCAGACCCUCCCGGUAGGCGAGUUGGACGCCAUCUCUCCACUCGUGAAUGAGACCCUGCAGCUGUCAGAUGCCCUGAAGCGCCUCAAGGAUGGCAGCCUGUCCGCAGGCUGUGGCUCUGGCUCCUCCUCAGUCACCCCCAACAGUGGUGGAACACCCUUCUCCCAGGACACAGCUUACUCCAGCUGCCGCUUGGACACACCCAACUCCUAUGGGCAGGGUACCCCGCUCACGCCGCGCCUGGGUACCCCCUUCUCGCAAGAUUCCAGCUACUCUAGCCGCCAGCCCACACCCUCCUACCUCUUCAGCCAGGACCCUACCGCCACCUUCAAGGCUCGGCGCCAUGAGAGCAAGUUCACAGACGCUUACAACCGCCGCCACGAGCACCAUUACGUCCACAAUUCUGCAGUGGCUGCAGUGGCUGGGGCCCCAGCCACCUUCCGGGGCUCCUCGGACCUCCCUUUCGGGGCCAUGGGCAGCGCUGGGGGCGGCAGCGGCCCUGCAUUCAAGGUCCAGCCACAGGACUCGGCCAGCUUCGCACACACUCCACCCCCUGCCCAGGCGGCCGCAGGCCCUGCCUUCAAGUCAGCUUUCUCCCCGUACCAGACCCCGGUGCCCCCUUUCCCGCCUCCCCCAGAGGAGCCUGCGCCCACCACAGCCUUUGGGGCCCGGGACAGUGGGGACUUCCGCAGGGCACCAGUGCCCCCGCCGCUGCCACCCGCUGAGCCUCUGGCCAAGGAGAAGCCAGGCACCCCGCCUGGGCCGCCGCCCCCGGACACCAACAGCAUGGAGCUAGGGGGCCAGCCAACCUUCGGCUGGAGUCCUGAGCCCUGUGACAGCCCGGGGACCCCCACGCUGGAGUCGUCUCCCGCAGGCCUCGAGAAGCCCCACGACAGCCUGGAUUCGCGCAUCGAGAUGCUCCUGAAGGAGCAACGCACCAAGCUGCCCUUCCUCCGCGAGCAGGACUCGGACACUGAACUGCAGAUGGAGGGCAGCCCCAUCUCCUCCUCCUCUUCCCAGCUCUCCCCGCUCGCCCCCUUUGGCACCAACUCCCAGCCUGGCUUCCGCGGCCCCUCGCCACCCUCAUCACCACCCUCCAGUACGGGCCUGGAGGACAUCAGCCCGACACCACUACCAGACUCUGAUGAGGAGGAUGAGCUGGGCCUGGGCCUGGGGCCUCGGCCCCCACCUGAGCCAGGCCCCCCAGACCCUUCUGGACUUCUGGGCCAAACGGCUGACGUAGCCUUGGACCUGGCUGGAGAUAGGACCCCAACUUCAGAGAAGAUGGAUGAGGGCCACCAGUCCUCAGGCGAGGACAUGGAGAUCUCAGACGAUGAGAUGCCCUCCGCCCCCAUCACCAGUGCCGACUGCCCCAAGCCCAUGGUGGUGACCCCCGUGCCCCCACCACCCCUGCCAGCACCACCACCCGGCGUCCCUCCCCCACCCAUCCUGCCGCCGCUGCCACCCUUCCCACCUGGACUGUUCCCCGUGAUGCAGGUGGACAUGAGCCAUGUGCUGGGUGGCCAGUGGGGCGGGAUGCCCAUGUCCUUCCAGAUGCAGACGCAGAUGCUCAGCCGGCUGAUGACCGGCCAGGGCGCCUGUCCCUAUCCACCCUUCAUGGCUGCGGCAGCUGCCGCUGCCUCUGCCGGGCUGCAGUUCGUCAACCUGCCUCCCUACCGUGGCCCCUUCUCCCUGGGCAACAGCGGCCCGGGCCGUGGACAGCACUGGCCGCCCCUGCCCAAGUUCGACCCCUCGGUGCCACCACCGGGCUACGUGCCUCGCCAGGAGGACCCACACAAGGCCACUGUGGACGGCGUCCUGCUGGUGGUGCUCAAGGAGCUCAAGGCCAUCAUGAAGCGGGACUUGAACCGCAAGAUGGUGGAGGUGGUGGCCUUCCGGGCCUUCGACGAGUGGUGGGACAAGAAGGAGCGGAUGGCCAAGGCCUCGCUGACCCCCGUGAAGUCGGGCGAGCAUAAGGACGAGGACAGGCCGAAGCCCAAAGACCGAAUCGCCUCGUGUCUGCUGGAGUCGUGGGGCAAGGGCGAGGGCCUGGGCUACGAGGGCCUGGGCCUGGGCAUCGGGCUGCGAGGCGCCAUCCGCCUGCCCUCCUUCAAGGUCAAGCGGAAGGAGCCGCCGGACGCAGCCUCGGCUGGCGACCAGGUGGGCGUGCGGCGGCGGCCAGCGCGGCCCCUGGAGCUGGACAGCGGCGGGGAGGAGGACGAGAAGGAGUCCUUGUCGGUGUCUUCGUCCUCGUCGGCGUCCUCCACUUCCGGGUCUUCCACGUCUUCGCCCUCUUCCUCAACGUCAGACAAAGAGGAGGGGCGGGAGAGCACGGAGGAGGAGGCGGAGGAGGAGGAGGAGGAGCAGGAGCAGCAGCGCGGCCCCCGGAGCCAGGUGUCCUCCUCCUCGGUGACCUCCCAGUCGCAGAAGGGUGAUGAAGACAGUGAUGAUCAGGAAGAGUCUGAGAACGAUGACGAAGGUGAAACUGUGCUGUCAGAGGCAAGUGAGAAGGAGGAGGUGGACUCAGAUGCAGAGGAGACAGUAAGCAUCAUCACGUCCAAGGCCGGCGCCGAGUCCUCCAGCGAGAGUUCUGAGUCGUCAGAGUUCGGGUCCAGCUCUGAGUCCUCAUCCGAGUCCUCGGAGGAUGAACAGGAGAUGGCAGCGGAGGACGAGGAGGAGGAGGAAGAAGAGGAGGAGGAAGAGGAAGCGGCGGCGGCAGCUGUGGUGGCAGUGACAGAGGAGAUGGUGCCUCCAGCAGGCGCUGAGGAAGCUGAGCCGGGCAGGGAGGAGGCCACACUGGCCCCGGGGGGACCUGUGACAGAGCCACUGGACACCGAGGGAGAGGUGGACAUUGAGGCUGAGGAUGCAGCCCCAGGGGGGCGGACCCCUGUCCAGGAGGAGCCCCCUGUGCCUGUGGCUGCCGAGGCGCUAGUGGGGUCUGAGGAGCCCCCUGAAGAGCCAGGCCCCAGCCAGGAAGCAAAGAUGCUGAUGUCACCAGAGCCCCCUCCGAAGGAUGCAGAGGUGCCUCUCCCUGUGUCUCCGGAACGAGUAUCAGAGCAAGACCUGGAAGCGGAGCCCGAGCCCCCACUAGUGCCGUCCCUGCCCCCACAGCCACCCUUGCCACCGCCCCGGCCACCCCGGCCACCCAGCCCACCCCCGGAACCUGAGACCCCAGAGGAGCCCCCUCCCGAGGACCCACCUCCACGGACUCCAGGCCUCUGUGGCAGCCUGGCCAAGUCGCAGAGCACAGAGACAGUGCCCGGCACCCCCAGUGGGGAGCCCCCGCUUUCGGGGGGCAGCAGCAACUUGUCCCUGAGCUCCCCGCAAGUGCCCGGCAGCCCCUUUUCCUACCCGUCCCAGUCCCCAAGCCUGGGCAGCGGUGGACUUCCGCGGACCCCCGGCAGGGAUUUCAGCUUCACACCCACCUUCCCCGAGCCCAGUGGGCCCCUGCUUCUCCCCGUUUGUCCCCUCCCUGCUGCCCCACCCAUCGAGCCCGCCAAGUUGCCCUUCAAGGAGCUGGACAACCAGUGGCCAUCUGAGGCCAUCCCUCCGGCCCCUCAUGGGCGUGAUGAAGUCACCAAGGAGUUUAUGGAGCUGGCCAAGGAACGGGGCCAGUGGCGCCGGCCCCCAAAGAAGCGGCAUGAGGACCUAGUGGCCCCUUUGGCCUCCCCCGAGCUCUCACCAUCCCAGCCCCUCUUCCGGCCCCGCUCGGAGUUCGAGGAGAUGACCAUCCUGUAUGACAUCUGGAACGGUGGCAUUGACGAGGAGGACAUCCGCUUCCUGUGUGUCACCUAUGAGCGGCUGCUGCAGCAGGACAAUGGCAUGGACUGGCUGAAUGACACGCUCUGGGUCUACCACCCUUCCACCAGCCUUUCUUCUGCUAAGAAAAAGAAGCGGGACGAUGGCAUCCGCGAGCACGUGACAGGCUGUGCCCGCAGUGAGGGCUUCUACACCAUCGACAAGAAGGACAAGCUCAGAUACCUCAACAGCAGCCGUGCCAGCACCGAUGAGCCCCCUGCAGACACCCAGGGUAUGAGCAUCCCCGCGCAGCCCCACGCCUCCACCCGGGCCGGCUCCGAGCGGCGUUCGGAGCAGCGCCGCCUGCUGUCGUCCUUCACUGGCAGCUGUGACAGCGACCUGCUCAAGUUCAACCAGCUCAAGUUCCGGAAGAAAAAGCUUAAGUUCUGCAAGAGCCACAUUCACGACUGGGGCCUGUUCGCCAUGGAGCCCAUAGCGGCCGACGAGAUGGUCAUCGAGUACGUGGGCCAGAACAUCCGCCAGGUGAUCGCGGACAUGCGGGAGAAGCGGUAUGAGGACGAGGGCAUCGGUAGCAGCUACAUGUUCCGGGUCGACCAUGACACCAUCAUCGAUGCCACCAAGUGUGGCAACUUCGCGCGCUUCAUUAACCACAGCUGCAAUCCCAACUGCUACGCCAAGGUGAUCACGGUGGAGUCGCAGAAGAAGAUCGUCAUCUACUCAAAGCAGCACAUCAACGUCAACGAGGAGAUCACCUACGACUACAAGUUCCCCAUCGAGGACGUGAAGAUCCCCUGCCUCUGCGGCUCGGAGAACUGCCGGGGGACCCUCAACUAGGCCUGGUGCCGACCCACUUCAGGUGCUGUCCCCGCCCCUCUGGGCGCCCAACGCCACCGGGCCCCGCCCGCCGGCCCACCGGGAAGGGCUUCUGCCUGUCGCUGUCCCUUCCAUUUCCCGAACGUGCUCCUUUCCGGACCUUUGUCCCCUCGGACACAAACCUGCGUCUAUGUCCGGCCCCCUCCGGCCCGGUCCCUUGCCGUGGAUGCUGCUAUGUCGUGUAUCCUCUCCUCCCCAUCCUGUCUAGGAAGAGACAUUCUAACCGUUGAAAUGUGAAGGCAGAAUCAGAGCGGGCAGCGGGGGGCUGCAGAGGCCUGGUGGGGCGUCCACCUCCCGACCUCAUCGCCCCUUCCCGGGUGGCCGACCGCGCCGCCCACGCCCCAGUCCUUGGGUUCGAUGUUUACUUUCUCAUUCGGAUGCCAGCAACGAGGGAGCCCCGGGGACCCCAGUGCGGGUGGGGCGCUGGGACGGCAUCCCCGGUCUGCUGCCCUCGCGGGCAGGGCAGGCGGGUCCCUGGCCCGCCACACGGGUUGCCUGACCGCGCGCAUGUGGCAUUUUUGUGGAUAAGCUUCCUGCUCCCCCGCCACCGGCAGCCCCUACCCCAGAGCUGUGCUAGAGCAUAUUUAUUUUCGGAGUGAGCAGUUUAUUUCUCCCAGAGAAAGGAAAAAUCUUGCAGAAGAUUUUAAAACUCAGAUCUAAGUCUUUGACAGUUAUUUUUACCCCCUUUCUUCCUCUCCCAUCCUUUUCAGAGUUUAUUUCCAGGAAUUUAUUUUUUUUCUUGUGCGUGUAUAAAAUCAAAGCGAAGGGGGAAAAAUAGGUUUUUGAAGUUCAGAACCAACUUCUGUAUAUAGACUGCCAUAAAGGACUUUUUCUUGGGGACAUUGUUUCUUGUAGAAACAUGUGGGAAGACUUUUUUUGCUCAUUUCUUUGUACUUCAAAAAAAAAAAAAAAAAAAAGACACACAAAAGCAAGCCCCUCCCCGAAAGCAGAGCAGGCGUGUAGAUAAUUUCCGGGGCGAGAGGCCCGGUCCUCACCAAGACGCCACCGUGCCACCCUGCGGACGUCGGUGCCUCUGGUAUCUCAGCUUGUGUCAAGCUUUGUUAUCAUGUAAAUUCUGUACAAAGAAUUGUUAUUUUUCUCUUU